CACUGUUGUUUUCGGAGAGAGGAAUUUUAAUUUUAGCGCUUUAUUCGACAAAUUCAAUUUUGUUAUUUUAUUAAAUUUGACUAAUUGCAUCAAUUCAAUAGAAAGAAUGUAAAGAAACCUCAUAUAAAAAUGUUACAAAACGACUUAAAUGACAGUGCCUCAUCGAACAUAAACAUUCCGAUGCUAUCCGGCAUACAAAAGGACGAUAUUGUUAAACGUCUGGAACAGCUAAACAAAUGGCAAGAGGAACAGAAAAAAAUAUUAACUCUACGGCAAAAUAUGCAAAGACAAAUGCUGGGCAUGGAACAAAAGACAAUGUAUCAAAUGCUGGGCCUGCAAUGUGAUGGAGAAAUGAGUGAAAUCGAUGAGAGUAGGCAGGAGGAGAAUGGGGCAGAGCACCCAGAGGAAGAGGAGGAAGAAAGUCAAGAUCAUAGCUAUGCAGGAAGGGACCAAAACACACAGCUGAGUGUAGAACCAUCUUUGUACAAAACCCUGACAUCCGGCUAUGGCACAGAGGAGUAUAUGGAAAUACCAGCAGCCGUGCAAAAACCCAAAAGGCCAUUCUUGAAAAGGGGAGAAGGCCUAAAACAAAGGUUUAAAAUCGAUCCCGAAGAGUUGAGAAUAACAAAUUUGCCACGUUACAAAUAUGCCAAUGCUCAUCCCAAGCUAAAGACAAAGCCCAAGAAGCCGCCCCCAGGAAAGAAUUUUAAAACUACAAAGCCUCCAUCUCCCAUUCCUUCGGGUGCCUUGGAUGCAAAUGAGAAGAGAUUCCAACAGCUACUGAUAUCCUCGAAGAAUGUGUGCAAUUCAACACCGGACACAAAGUCAUCAUUGAUGUCAAGCAAAAAUAUUUCCAGUAGUUCGUCGGCAAAUAGCACGAGCACUUUGCCCAAGGUACGAUUUGUUGAAACAACCCCUUUAAUGGAAAAUAGAGGAACCGUUAAUGUCCAGAAAUAUCCCAACAAUGAAGCGGCAAGGCAAGUCCCCACCGCCUUGGCUUGGUCUAAAAUUUUAGAUUCCCAGCAAAUAAAGCCUUUGCCAAUUUUACGUUCAAGUGCCAGCCAAAAUUUACCCCAAAGUGAGGAGGAUAUUUUCGAGCUUUUGGAACAAAAGGCCAAGAAUGGUAGUUUUGACAUGGACUCGACAUGUAUGCGUCAAUUUAUGCAGCGUCGGACAGUUGAGAAAUUUGAUGACACCGAUGUCAUUCCCGUCAACGAUCAAUUGAGGGCGAGACGUCUACAACCUGUUGUUGUGGGGCAAGCUGAGCACAAUGAAUCCUCAACUACACUGGAGGAGGAGGAAACGACAGCAGGUGCCGAGGAUUCAACAAUUGUUCCCAACAGCACCGAAGCCGAAGAGGAAGCAGAGUCCAGACAAAAGUCGCUGGAAUCGACUAAUUCUCCAUUUGUGACUCCCGCCUCAAAACAUAACACUGAGCAGCGUGUACGCUUCUCUGAGUCCCACGAUACCAGAGAAUAUUAUGAAGAAGAAUCUGUUAGUGAUUUUUCCAACAAUACCAAUAACCAUGGGGAACAGAGUGGCGAUCUUUCCAACAAUAUGUUUUUCGAGCAAUUUAAAAAGGCUCUCUUUGCGGCCCUGCAAGACAAGGCAGAUCAACAUGAAAACUUGAACUCUGUGACGGGGGAUGAAACCACUCUCACAUCCAAGGAGUCCUCCUUUGUUGAACCAAACACACUCCCACCUCAAGUUUCCUUGGAACUACAGGAAAAAACAAAUCUAAUUAAAAUCCGCCUCGAAGAACUGGAAAAAGAAAUUGCAAUUUUCAAGGAGAACAAUUUGCAGCUAAUGAAAGCGAAGCAGGAACAUGAACUGCUCAUCUCUCAACAUGCCCAGGAACAAUUGGAGGCAAGCGAACGCCUCAAAGAUGAACGAAUACAAAUGGAGUUGUAUUUGCACGAUGAACGUAUGAAAUUGGAAGAGGACAAGCGUAAAUUUGAACAGCAAUGCAAAAUGAAAACUCAGGCCGCGGCAUCAAAGGAACGCAAAGAAAUGGAAAAGCUACGAGAGCAGGUUGCCCAAUUAGAAGCUCAGUUGAAAACGAAAGAUUCGAAUCAUGCCGCUGCCCAGGCUCGUUGGCGUACCCAGUUGCGCACGAUGGAAAGGGAAGAGAAACGUUUACACGAACAAAUCGAAAUCCUCACCAAGGAGAAUAAACGCCUGGAAAAUGAGGCAGUGAAGGCUAGCCGAGAGAAUAACAAUAAAUUACUGCAGGAGAUCAAUAGGAACAUUGCCAAACUGGCACCUAAACAGACUCAGCAUGCCUCCAUCUCAUUUCCAAACGACGAUCAACCCCCUGUUCUGCCCACUUCAAAAAUUAUACCAAAUAAAAAUUCCAAGACGUCUCCCUCGAAGAAACACAAGAGACCAAUAAAGGCCAAUGUCAGCAAUCGUACGCCAAAACAAAGUCACAGUUUUCCCGAAACUCCUUCGUCGGAUGAAAAUGUUUCCGAUUCUGAAACAAAAUUCCAAAAACGGGCAACAAAAAGUCCUCAAGGUAAAAUCCAAUAUGACGUUGGCGAAGAGGAUGAUGAUGAUGAUAUUCUAAAGGAGUUGCAGACAACUAAACCCCUCCGCCCAACUCCAAACGUCGAUGCAACAAAAACGACCAAAUCGAACGAAAAUAAAUCUCCCGGUGAUGAUGACAAUAUGAAACGAGAAAUACUCAAUGCUGAUGGUAGCAAAGACAUUUGGUACCCCAAUGGGAAUUUGAAAAAAAUCUCAGCCGAUGGCAUGCUGAUAAGGAUGCUUUACUAUAACAAGGACAUAAAGGAGACGAAUAUCAAUGAGGGUACUGUCAAAUAUUACUACCAUGAAACAAAUACCUGGCACACCACAUAUCUGGAUGGUUUGGAAAUUUUAGAAUUUCCCAAUGGCCAAAUCGAACAUCGUCAUAAAAACGGUUUAGUUGAGGUCCACUAUCCCAAUAACUCGAUAAAAAUUAUGGAUCCACGCGAUGAAAAGAAAUCAGAGGAAUGGCGUUUCCCGGACGGUACGCAUCUGGUGCAAAUGCGUAAUGGUGAUAAAAUCCUAUCCCUGCCAAAUGGCCAAAAGGAGAUACAUACAAAACUACAGAAACGUCGUGAAUAUCCAGAUGGUACGGUGAAGAUUGUCUAUCCGGAUGGUAGUACAGAGACACGGUAUUCCAAUGGCCGGGUUCGUCUCAAAGAUAAAGAGGGGAAUUUGGUAAUGGACACAGAGGAGGGAAAAUAACCUUUUAUUUAAUUUAGUGUUUUUUUUGUUAGACAUAUUUAACACAUGACCAUCUGAAAGCAAGAAUUGUGUGUAUAAACAAAGUAGACUGUUUUCUAAUUUAAAAAAAAAAAUAAAACUUAAUUUAUUAUUUUAUAAAAAUACAAUUUCAUAAGAUUUAAAACACA